AAAGGGCAAAUCUGCCACUUCAAAUACGUCACUGCACUAGUCACCGCCAUUAUCUCGAAAAGGAAAUCCUCUAUAUAAACACACCAACUCCCAUUGGAAAUCCUCUAUAUAAACACACCAACUCCCAUUUGCUCUUUCCCAUCUCCGAUUCAAAACAUUCACUUUCACAUUAUUUGCUUAAAUUUCUUUUGUUGGUAGGAAAUGAAGAGAGGUAGAGAAGAAGCUGCAGGAUUUGAGUCAGCCAGGGACAUGGUGAAUUGCUUGAUGCUUCUUUCUAAAGUUGGCCAAACUGAAGCACCCGAUGGUCGUUUCUUUACAUGCAAGACGUGUAAUAGGAAAUUCGCAUCAUUUCAAGCCUUGGGUGGUCACCGUGCAAGUCACAAGAAACCAAAACUCGUUGGAGAUGACUUUCUAAAACUACCCAGUUCGCCUCCAAAGCCAAAAACCCAUGAGUGCCCCAUAUGUGGCCUUGAGUUUCCCAUCGGACAAGCUCUAGGGGGUCAUAUGAGGAGGCACAGAGGAGGAAAUAACAAUAUGGGUGAUGGAUUAGUGACUCGGCCUCUGUUACCGCUGCCAGUUAUGAAGAAAUCCACAAGUAAGAGAGUUUUCUCUUUGGAUUUGAACCUGACGCCAAUGGAGAAUGACCUGACACUGCAAUUGGGCAAGAUAGUGAAGACUCCUGUUUUGAAUUGUUAUAUUUAACUAAUUAUUAGGACUUUGGACAUAGAAUUUUGUAUUAAUUAAAGAUUUUUUGUAUCCCGAUUUGUUCAUUCAUUUCUAUACACAAAUUAGGGUCUUUUGCAGGUUUUUCUUAUUUUUAAUCUACGUUAGUUUAUAGCUUUCGUUUCUUCUUCUUGUUUGAUCUCAUAGUUUUGUAUUAUUUUGCCAACUUGUAGUUGGUUAGAUUUGGUAUAUGGAAUUAUGGCCACAGGCGGGCAGAAUUGAUGAUUUUGAA